AUGGCAUUGUCUCACUUCACUAUAGGCGGUUACAGGGUGCCGUGGUCGGACUUCAUCAUGACACUAAGGGUAACUUGCCUCGCUGAUUGCCGCGCUUUCUGCGAGGCAAACCGUUCCCGAAUCGGCACCGAGGCCGGCAGCGGAAAUAAACCAAAAAAGCUGGACCGUCAUGCUCGAGCCGGGACGGAGGAUCCGGAAGAUUGCAAAAUCCUUCUGGUGCUGACAUUCUCGAACCCUCCCGGAGAGUCGAGGUCUCAGUUUGUCCUCGGCCGUGACCCAAAACAUUGCGACAUAGUCUGCGACCACAGGCAAAUCAGCAGCAAGCAUAUUAAAUUCGGUUUCGACGGCGACCAUGUCGUCUUGUAUGACGUCUCUUCGCGUGGCAGCAGACUUUCGAUCGGCGGGCGCGGCUAUCAGAAGACUUGCCCGCUCCCUGGGGUGCCGUACAAGUGCAUUCUACCCCCGGGACCCAAGAUCAAGCUCAAGAUUCCAUGCUUUGAGAUAGAGAUCGGCCUUGCGGGCCGCCGGGGCCCCGAGCUCCAGGAAUUCCGCGAGAGGCGCGAUGCGUUCCUCGCCAGCUGCUGCGAUCUGGAAGCUCUGACCCUUGAGUCAACACUCGCGACAGAGAUAGCCACGAAGUCGCACACGGCGCGCCCCCCGGAGUGGCGGGCCAUGUACUGGUUCGAAUCAAGGCUGGGAGAGGGCGGUUGCGGCACGGUCCACAAGGUGCGUCGUCUGACCGACUGGGCAGUCUUCGCCGCGAAGGAAGUCGUCGGCCGCCGCUCCAAUUCCGGAUUUCGCCGAGAGAUCGACAUAUUGCAGCGCCUCCGCCACCACCGCAUUGUCGAGUACGUGGACUGCUACCCAGAUACUCAGGAAAACACCAUCCUCGUCAUGGAGUACUGCCAGUUCGGCAGUCUGGAUCAGAUGCUUCGAGCUACACCAGGCGUCCUCGCGCUGCGCACGACGGCCGAGGUCCUCAAGCAAGUGGCCGAGGGCUUGCUCUACCUGCACGGCAAAGGCGUCACCCAUCGGGAUCUGAAGCCCGCCAACAUCCUGGUCCGCAGCCAGACUCCGCUGUCCCUCGUCCUGAGCGACUUUGGCUUGGCCAAAGACGAGGAAAUCAUGGAAACGUACUGCGGGACGCCGCAGUUCCUGGCGCCGGAGAUGUUUGAGGGCGUUGGCUACACCAAGGCCAUCGACAUCUGGGCCCUUGGUGUAAUUGGGAUACUGCUACUGGAAGGUCAACUUCCAGAGAUGGAAAAGUUCGGAAACUCAAUGUAUCCGAACACUUUAUUUGAAAAAGCAGCCCAAAUGUACGCCAAGGACCCCAAGAACAGGCUAGUCAUCCUGGUCCGCCAGAUGCUAGCUAUGCACCCUGAAGACCGGCCUCCUGCGGAAGAUUGUGUCAGAGACACGGAGUAUGCGCUCAGAAACUGGGGUCCAUGCCAGCCAACCGCCGCCGCCCAAGUCCCGUCCAUCGGGUCCGGUCCCAUCGACACCCAAGUCCAGGAGGAUGAUAGCGACCGUACCCUGCGGCCGUCCGAGCUCCACACAUCCGAGGGGCAGACUCUCCAGCCGGCCAAAGAAGAGUCCGUGUCAACGUCAAAGACCGACGCCAGCCGGCCGUACGACUCCUCCACGCCGCCGACGGCCUCCAUGACCGACCACGCGCGCGCCUCCUUCAUCCGCCCGCGGAGCCUGAUCUCGCCGGACACGACGUCGCCGAAGGCAUUCCCGUCCGCCGGCUGCGUCCGGGCCGCGAGGACGGUCACCAGGCCGAGGUCGGCGUCCGCCGGCAGGGAAGGGUACUGGAUGCUGCACGGCCCAGCGAGGCUGGCCCAGGACCAGGACGGCGCGCGAUAG